UUUACUCUAAUUUCACCCUCUUAACCACUAUAGCCGAGUCCCUCCUAAAAUAUGCUAAUUAAUUGUCAUCAUUAAUAACCAUAAAUAAGCUACAAAAAGUCUACCAGAGGUUGUAAAGAUACAGUGCAGAUUACAAAAACCCCUAUUUGAGGUGUAUAUAUAGGGCAGUUCCUACCUGCACAGAUGGGUAAAAACUUUAUCUUCGAAUGAUGAGGAAGGCCAUUCCUAAAGCUUUGUUUGUCAAGAUCAGCCUGUUCUUCCUUGCUGUCUUUCUGGUAAUCUAUGCCGCUCUUCUUCUCCGGCCAUCGUCUUCGACCUAUUUUGAAAAUGCAGCAACCGUUGUUACAUGCUCGUUGCGCGAGUGCAAUCACAAGCUGGAGAAGGGUUUUAAAAUGAAAGCUGUUCUUGAGGAGACUCAAGUGGUUCCAUCAAUUAGGCCUACCAGUAAUGUGAUCAAGCUAGAGGUGCCAAGCUUUAUGGACAAAAGAGGGAAAAGAAUGAAGAUUGGGAUGGUGAACAUGGAAGAAGAAGAUGCAAGUGAAUGGAGGACUCAUGGAGAAGUAAUUCCCAUCAAGUUCGAACGAGUUUCGGAAAUUUUCAAAUGGAAAGAUCUUUUUCCAGAGUGGAUUGAUGAGGAAGAAGAGAAUGAUGGUCCAACUUGUCCUGAAAUGCCAAUGCCAGACUUCCCAGCCUAUGAAAGCAUGGACAUUAUAGUAGCUAAAUUGCCAUGUAAUUACCCCAAAGAAGGGUGGUCAAGGGAGGUGUUGAGGCUUCAAGCUCAUCUUGUGGUGGCAAACAUGGCAGUGAAAAAAGGGAAGAGGGAUUGGAACUGGAGGACAAAAGUGUUGAUGCUUAGCAAAUGCAGGCCAAUGUUGGAGCUGUUUCGAUGCGAUGACUUGGUCAGAAGGGAAGGUGACUGGUGGUUCUACCAGCCAGAGAUGGCAAGGUUGGAGCAGAAAGUGUCACUGCCGGCUGGUUCUUGCAAGUUGGCUUUGCCUCUUUGGGGACAAGGAAUCGAUGAAGUUUAUGAUCUCUCGAAGAUCAAAACCCCAGCCAAGACAGCCAAACGAGAAGCUUAUGUCACAGUAAUCCACUCCUCCGAGGCCUAUGUUUGUGGGGCAAUAACACUGGCCCAGAGUCUCCUCCGAACAGGGACCAAGAUCGACCUCAUCCUCCUUAUGGACAAGUCCAUCUCCGAGAACAAACGCGAGGCCCUAGCCGCAGCAGGGUGGAAGAUCAGAUUCAUUAAGAGGAUCCGAAACCCUAAAGCAGAGAAAAACGCAUACAAUGAGUACAACUACAGCAAAUUCAGACUAUGGCAGCUCACAGACUACGACAAGCUCGUCUUCAUAGACUCAGACAUCAUUGUUUUACGCAACCUCGACAUUCUCUUCAAAUUCCCACAAAUGUCUGCUAGCGGGAACGAUGUAUGGAUUUUCAAUUCAGGUGUUAUGGUGAUUGAACCAUCGAAUUGCACAUUUAAGAUCCUAAUGAAUGAGAGGGAACAUAUAGUGCCCUACAAUGGUGGUGACCAAGGUUUUCUCAAUGAAGUCUUUGUGUGGUGGCAUAGAUUGCCAAGAAGAAUGAACUUCCUUAAGAACUUCUGGGCAAAUACUUCAGCAGAAGCAAGUGUGAAGAACCAGCUAUUUGGGGCAGACCCACCAAAGCUUUAUGCAAUACAUUACUUGGGUUGGAAGCCUUGGUUGUGUUAUAGAGACUACGAUUGCAAUUGGGAUGUGAGCAAUCACCGUGUCUAUGCCAGUGACUUGGCACAUGAGAGGUGGUGGAAGGUUCAUGACUCCAUGGAUGAGAAGCUGCAGAGGUUUUGUGGAUUGAGUAAACAGAGGAAGACUGCAUUGAAUCGGGAGAGAAAGAAGGCUAGAAUUAUGGGAUUCAGUGAUCGGCAUUGGAACAUCAAUAUUACGGAUCCCAGAAGAAAACACUUGGUCUAGAAUUGGUAAUCGAAUUUUUUUUGGGUUUUUAUUUUCUCAGAAAUUUUCUAUAGAAAGAUCCUUUCAUGGAUGUUUG